CAAAAUGGACCUAUUUAAUGUUCCAAAAAAAGUAAAUAGGCAUGUGGUCAAGGCAGUGUGCUUUCUGCAGGGACCCAAAAAGGAAUUUGUGAACACCGACGAUAUUGCUAAGCAGGUUAAACUCCAAAUGGCUCGAACUCGGGUCAAGGCCGUUCAUAAAGUGGACGACGCCAUUCACCAGUCGCUGAACAACUUGGUCGACAUGGGCCUUGUUUCAAAGUCAGGAACAGCUUACUCAAUGGCAUUCGCCCUUAAUCAUCCUGGAUUCGGGAAUGGGGGUCGCGCCUUACCAAAAUCCGUCCCAAAUGUACCCGGCCAUCCUACUCCCCGUAAUCCAAAUAAAAAUAUGCUCGGCAAGCGGAGCCUUGGACGAUUGAACCCCUUGAAGCCACCCACUAGAACCCUCUCUCCGGACUCUAUUUCCGGAGACGAACAGGAAAAAGCUAGGAAGAUGUUCCGUAACCCCAAGCGCCUGCCGAAAAAGAAGCAAGAUAUCCCGUCUCUAAAGAGAGGAUCCAAGGGACCAGAUACUCACAAACCCAAAGAUGGCCUUUCAAAAUGUUUAAAAACGAGCUUCAAGGCAAAGGAUAGAACUAGAAAGUGCCAACCACUUGUGUGCAAGGAAUGCCGUACCGCUGUCACCGCCUUCACCAAUGCUCAAAACUCGAUAUCCUCUGGGAACUUCCCGAACAGCAGUCUUCAUGAACUCUACAUGGAUUGCUAUCAAAAACGUGAAGAUACAAACGAAGGGGAUGGAUACAAAAAUGAAAGCAGCGUCGAGGUCCUUAGCCAUUUAAAGAGUGGAAGUCAACAUAGAACUGUUUCGCCUAUGGAGUUGGACUUUUUGGGCCAAACGCCCAAUAGCUUCAUGGCUUUGGGUGGCAAUCCUGAACGAAAAUCGUCUAGCAUUGACUCGAAUUCUAGGAACCCUUCGGUUAUUACAAUUCGAAGCAGUCUCUACUCAAUACGAACGCCGGAAGGAAGCGAUUCAUGUGUGUAUUUCGGGCAGCCCAGCCAAGGGUCGAUGUCAGCCCCUGUUGAAACACUUUCGUUUACUUCUGCGAGAAACGAAAAUUGUAUUGCACAAGCAAGUGUAGCCCAGGGAGCUCCAUUUUCAGUCGCAGGGAAUUCAAAUCUUCCAAUGCUAGAAUAUAAAAGAAGCAAUGCUAACGCUACGUUUUUUAACCCGGACGGUAUUAAAACGAUAUAUGGACCAAGGUCGGGAGGCUCAUUAAGAGUUAAAUCGUCGAAGUUAGCACAGGGAUUACGUUCCUCAAAAUCAAUGUCCCCUCCUGGUGCUAAAACCCCAAAAAAUGCCAAAUCUAAAUUUGAUUUUUAUAAGUAAUUUUGAUACAAGGUAUUAGAACAGAACAAUUUGUAUA